AUAAAAUGAGGGUUACUAAUAGUCUUCUGAAUAAGCAGAAAGUGCAUGAGAGGAAGCAUAGAGAAAGCCUCAUUGAUGAGCCAGAGACUAGGUACUCUGAAACCAGUUUUGGUGACUUUCAGGGUAUCGAUAAAUUCAGGAAAGCUAAAUCCAUUAUUUAUAUUACACUCGCUUUCUUAUCAAUCGCGUACUCAGGUGUCACAUUCAUAUUCUCCAUUCUUGCUUACCAAGAGACUGGUGAGAGGACCUGGGAAAUCAGUCAACUAGUUUCUAACUGGAAGAGUACUCCAAUUGUGACAAUUAGUGCUACUGAUGGGGCAAAAUGCCCUGAAAACUUUGAACCCAUUGCUAGCACAAUCUGGCCUGGCACUUUUGAGGGAUGCUAUUGCAGUGACACUGUUCGUGAGCCUAAAAUCCAGGGCUCUCUCGUGAAAGGAGAUUGUGAUACAAUUCAAACAGAAGCUGGAUGAACUAGAGUUAAUGAAACAAAUCCCUUGUAUAUCAGAAGAUUUUAUCCAAAUCAAUUAAUAUGUGCGGAGAGGAAAGGCCAGGAUAUUAUUGAUACAAGGAUGGUAUCAUCUUAUGAUGACAACGAGUGACCUCAUGAGUAUAGAAAAUGCGGCCCGGAUGGCAACCCUCAUCUGCAGACAUGAGUAUCAAUCCAGUAUGAUUGACCAAUCAUAAGUAUCAAGAAAGAAGCUAGCGACAACCAGGAGUUACAUGACCAAAACUAUGAAGAAGUGCAACUAGGUGAUGGAAACUCUAUAUAUUACUCAACCUCUACUGGCGGAGGGCUUCCUAUCUCCGAACUGACUCUGUCUGAAUCCCAGUCUGUCGAUCCAAGACCUUGAAUUAACCUUGAAGAUAGCAACAUUAGAGAGGAUCGGAUUAUUUACAAGCUUUUAAAUACUAAUUUCUACCGAGGAUGUGUUUCUAAUAUUGACGGAAUUACUCAAGAUGAAAGAUGGCAACUUAUUCUGUCAGUCACCGAGGAAGAUAUUUUUAAUACCAAUAAGCUAUUCAGAGACACUAUUAAUGAUCUAUCUUUGUACCCUACGUCUGAAUUCCCUAAAAAUACUUACUAUUUGUUCUAUCGUUCUUAUAUCAAAUGGGAUGAGAGAUGAGAAGGAGACUCAUCUUCUGAGAGGAAAGUAUUAGCUGAGAAUCUUAACCCUAUAAAUACCCUAGCAAAUGCCCAGCUUUUCUUCAUGGUGAUCUGCUUCCUCAGUCUCUUGAUUGUAGGAAUAGCUACUCCUAUAUUCAUUAUCAUCAGGCACUGCAUGAUCUUAAGAGGAGAGCAGAAGGCUACAUACAAGGUCGUUAUUAUUAGUACUGGUAUGAGAUUCAUCAGUCUUAUCUUCGUAGUCUUGAAAGCUUCCUUCCUGAUUAGUUGUCUUGUGUUGAUCAAUAAGUUCCAUACUAUCGUUGUUAAAGCAGAUAAAGACGAUUGUACAGAUCCAACUACUUUGUUUAUCCUUAAUUAUGUUGAUGAGUAUCUAGAAUACGCAAGGAAGCACAAUUGGAUCUCUCUCAGCGCAGUCAUGGUAAUAGCUGGCUUUGAGAUUAUUUCCGUUGUCACUCUAUUCAUCCUCAAGAAAAUUGCCCAAAGAAGAAGGAACGAUGCUAAAAAGAGCUUCCUUGAGAGUCUUACUAAUGAGAGGAACUAGUUUCCUUCUUUAUUUUGUUGAUUUUAUUAUGAAAAUUCAAUUA